CACACACACUCUACUCUUUAGUUCUCUCCAGUUGGUAAAGCGUCCUAAGACCAUCAACGCUGUAGUUUUCGCAUCCUUUCUCUCUCUUGAAAGCUUUUACACAUUUCUCUUGUGGGUUUGUCUGCAAUUCUUUUUCCUGUGCGCAAAAGAAUGAGCUUUUUUGUUAAUGAUGGGAAAGGAAAGGGAAAGCUAUUUAUGACCCGCGAGUGAACUUACUUAUUUGGAAAUCAUUUUUCUUUUGUGAAUUUUUCUUUUUUAAAUUUUUUGUUGAUUUGCUGAUUUCGGUGUUAAAGAUCUGCUUUUGUUGACAAUGAAGUCAUCAACUCCGCUUGAGUCAGCUGUGUUUCAGCUCACUCCAACUCGGACGAGGUGUGAUUUGGUGAUAUCUGCUAAUGGGAAGACGGAGAAAGUUGCUUCAGGAUUGCUGAAUCCAUUUCUUGCCCACUUAAAGACUGCACAGAAACAGUGGGACAAGGGGGGUUAUUCCAUUGCUCUCCUGCCAGAGUCUGGCAGUGAUACAACAUGGUUCACAAAGGGAACCAUCGAAAGGUUUGUUCGCUUUGUGAGCACUCCAGAGGUCUUGGAGCGUGUUUAUACAAUUGAGUCCGAGAUCUUGCAGAUUGAGGAGGCGAUUGCGAUUCAAAGCAACAAUGAGAUUGGCCUGAGUACCGUAGAAGAAAUUCCAGCUAAACCUGUGGAAAGCAUUGAAGGUAGUCGCCCUUUGCUGUACUCUAAUGAGGAGAAAGCCAUUGUCCUUUACAAGCCUGGAGAAUGUCUGCCUGAGGCUAAUGGGUCUGCUGUGCAUGAGGGAAAUUCAAAAGUCCAGCUAUUGAAAGUCCUAGAGACACGGAAAACUGCAUUACAAAAGGAGCAAGGCAUGGCCUUUGCACGUGCUGUAGCUGCAGGUUUUAACGUUGAUCACAUGGCGCCUCUGAUGUUGUUUGCCGAAAGCUUUGGGGCCACACGUUUGAGGGAUGCUUGUGUAAGAUUUAUGGACUUAUGGAAAAGAAAGCAUGAGACUGGUCAAUGGGUUGAAAUUGAAGAAGCUGAGGCAAUGUCUAACCAAGCAGAUUUUUCAGCUAUGAAUGCAUCAGGCAUUAUGCUUUCUAAUGUGAUCAAUAAGCAGAAAGAAUUCAGUGAAACUUCUGAAAAUAACAGCAGAUCAAGCAUUGGUGCAAAUGCUGAUGAGAAGCCAUUAUCAGAUCAACGAUCAUCUAGCACUCACGAACAUUUUCAAGGGCAGUAUCCACACCUUAUGUUUCCUCCCUGGCCAAUUCAUCCUCAACCUGGUGCACUACCAGUUUUUCAAGGGUAUGCCAUGCCAGGCAUGCCUUACUAUCAAAAUUAUUCAGCAAAUGGCACAUAUUUUCAGCCACCUUAUCCAUCAGUUGAGGAAUCUAGACAUAAUGCUGGCCAAAGAAAGGAAUGGAGAAGGCAUUCCAUGGAUGGUAGAGACAGCAACACUGAAUCAGAAACCUGGGAGAUAGAUGGUCCUAAAGCAAUAUCCCAGGAUGAUGCAGAACUUGGGAAACAAACUUCAAGAAAGAAAGCUAGCAGAUCCUGUAAAAAGCAAACUGGCAUUGUAGUCAUUCGGAAUAUUAAUUACAUAACUUCAAAGGGGCAAGAUGCUUCGGAUAGUGAAUCUGGAUCAGCUUCAAACUCUGGAACUGAUAAUGAAGAUGGAGAUAUACAAUGUAGUGCUCAAGAGAUGAAGCAUAGAAGCAGUUUGAGAUCUAAAAGAAAAGAGAGUCAUAUGUCAUCUAUGGAUGCUGAGGUGCAAGGGACAGUUAAUAGGAAGGGGAAAGAUGAAGAGGGUGGACAAUGGCAAGCAUUUCAAAAUUUUCUACUUAGAGAUGUCGAUGAAGAGGAACAUGGUGUUGACCAAGGCAUGUUUGUGAUGGAAAAGGGGAUUCGAGCAAGACGGCAGCAGAGUGCGACUGGUGAUGAUCCUUUAGUUUCAAGUGGUCGAGAUAUGGGUGUGUAUCACAAUGGAAAUAUUACAGGUAUGCAUAAAAUUAGUGGAAGUAUAGCUCACAUGCCUAAGGGAUCAAGAGAUGAACUAUUAAACUCUGGAAGAGUGGAUAAGUCUGGUGAUAGUGGAAGGUUCAUGGAUGGUACAAUGGAUGUACAAUCCACAGAAAUGAAUGGCAGGAGGGGCGGAUAUAGGAGGACAACAAAUGAAGAUUUUUUUAUUUAUAGACAGGAAAAUCAAUCAGCUUUUACGAAUUCCCCAUCUGAUCCUCUGGCUGUUAAUAAAUUUGAGAGAGCAACUAAUGAUUUGGAUGGAAGGUCAUCACAUAACAUGGAUGAUGAUUCCUACAUAGUACCAUUGAGGUCAGCUUCACAAGAUCAAGUUAUAACUGAUGGAAGAAAUGCUAUUGACAUGGCUUCUGAGUUCCCAUCAUCAAAUCAGAUGGCAGAGAACAAGUCUUAUGGGGUUGUAAACCAAGUCAGUUAUGAACCAGAUGAAUUAAAUUUGAUGCCUGAACGUGGAGGAGAAAAGGGAUCAUCUGGUUACAAUCCUGCCUUGGAUUAUGAAUUGCAAGCUAAUGUUGAAGAUGGUGCUUCACUGAAAAAGAAAAAUAAGGAGGCUGUGACUGAUGCUAAGCUAGGGUCCAGGAAGUUAAACAAGGACCAGAGAACAAAACUUACGGAUACCUCAGAUAAGAAAAAGAGUGUGGGACCAAUAAGGAAAGGAAAGCCUUCAAAGUUGAGUCCUCUGGAUGAAGCAAGAGCACGUGCUGAGAGACUGAGAACCUAUAAAGCUGAUCUGCAGAAAAUGAAGAAACAGAAGGAAGAGGAAGAGUUAAAACGACUGGAAGCUUUGAAGAUAGAGAGGCAAAAGAGAAUUGCAGCUAGAGGCAGUUCAAUUCCGGUGCAAUCGCCUUUGCCCUCACAGCAAACCCAAAAACAGCUGCCUACAAAACUUUCUCCUAGUACUCAUAGAGGUUCAAAGUUCAGUGAUUCAGAGCCUGGACCAUCAUCGCCCCUACAGAGGUUCCCUGUCAAAACUUCUCUAGGAUCCAGUGAUUCGCUCAAAGCCUCUAAAGCCAGAACUUCUCUAGGAAGCCACUCCGGAGGAAAUAGGUUAACCCGGUCAGUGUCAUCAUUGCCUGAGCCAAAGAAAGUAAACACUGCUGUAACACCUGAUACCAAGGUAUCCAUGGCCAGGCUUAGAAGAUUAUCGGAGCCUAAAUUAAUUAGUAGUCCAUAUGUUUCUUCUGUGAAGCCACGAAGUGCUGAACCAUCAUCAAAGCCAAAAUCUUCUAAUGGGCCUGAGAGUAAGAAAAUAUCGGCAAUUGUGAACUAUGAUAAAUCCAAAGCUGCUUCUCUUCCAGAACUUAAAGUUAGAAAAUCUAAAGAAACUGACGUUACCCAUGACAAAUCAGCAGCAAAAGAAUCAACACAGAAGGUUAAUGGAACUAAAUCUUCUACCGCUUCAGAAGGCACUGAAAUGAAGAGGAAUAAGGACAAAAAUUCACGUCAUAGUGUUGGGGAUGACAAUUUGAUUAUUGAGAAGACUGUUGUGAUGCUGGAAUGUGAGAAACCACCUGCUCCUGUACACAAAAGAGAAGAAAAUAAGGAGUUUAAGAAGGGACUCUGUGAUGAUAACAAAGUAGUUGAGAAUAAUAAGGUGGUGUCAGAUUAUGCUGCUAUUCGUGCACUAGUGUCACCACUAACCAUUCAUGGAGCUAAUAAAGAACCUAUUCAACACCAAUUACAAGGGAAAACUGGUUCACAUGAGGUCACAAGAGAAAACUCAGGUAAUCCUGAGAAGGAAUCACAAAAAUUUGCUAUUAUCAGUGUUAGUGAAAAACCAAAUCAAGCCCCUUUUGCUCGGGUCUCUUCUUCAGAAGGCCCAUGUAGUAGUAAUUUAGAGUAUGGAAUAGCACCCCCUACAGAUAUGCAUAUUGUGGCAAUGGGGACAGAGAUGGUUAGAGGUGAUGUUUCUGAUUCCAAAAGUUUGAAACUAGAAAAGAUUCCAGAAGCAUUAAAUAAGCCUCAGACAAAGGAAUCAUCAAAAGGUUUUAGACGAUUAUUGAAGUUUGGGAAAAAGAAUCAUAGCUCAGCUACAAGUGACUGUAACAGUGAAUCUGACAAUCUCAGUGUCAAUGGUUCUGAGGCAGAUGAUGGUGUAAAAACUGUGGCGUCCUCUAGCGAAGUUCAUACAUUGAAAACUCUGAUCUCUCAAGAUGAAACCCCUACUGCUGCUGCUAUUCCACAAAAGUCUUCCCGAACUUUCUCAUUGCUGUCACCCUUCCGAAGCAAGACUAGCGAAAAGAAGCUGACAGCUUGACAAUACAGAUGUUAAUAGAGCUGGAAGCGAAAAAGCUGCAAAUUGGUAUCAUUUAUGCUCUUUGGCUGCGUAUUGUUACAGAUUGUGUGUUCUAGUUAGUUUCCAGUCUUAUGAUAUGCAAGGAUAAAAUAUAUGUAUUACAAUGCAAGUUAUAGAAAUAAGUGUUUGUGCAUUUGCAAUCA